CGUCAAGUUUGUGUGAAAUUGUGAAAAGUUGUCAUCCCGAAAAAAGAGCAGAGAAACUCCUCCCGUCUUCAAAUUAUGAGCAAUCAGCAGCAGGGUGAAAUGGCCGCUGUGGAUAGCAGUGGAGGCUUCACUCAAAAGCGAAACACAAAUUCACAAGACUCACAGCAGCCAUCUCCUCUCGCCUUGUUGGCUGCCACAUGCAGUCGAAUUGACACCCCAGGAGAGAGCGAUUCCCCUGCAGACCAGCAACAACAAAACCAGCAGCAACAGCUGGACCUAAACCAGGGUGUUUUCACCUCCAGUGCCAACGGCUGGCAGGUUAUCCCUCUCAGCAUUCAAGCAUCCUCAGGUUCUAACACUGUCACCACUGAUUCCUCAGUGGUGAUGACAGGAGGAGACAUCGGCAAGAGCAGACAGGUGCUGUCACCAUCAGCAGCUGCUGCAAGCACUCAGGGCCAGCAGCAGCAGCAGCAGCAGCAGCAGCAGUACGUACUAGCUCAGGCUCCAUCGGUGCAGGGUCAGCAGGUGCUUACCACCAUAUCAGGCGUGAUGCCCAACAUUCAGUACCAGGUUAUUCCCCAGUUUCAGACAGUAGAUGGCCAGCCACUACACUUCGCACAUGCUCAGCAGGAGUCUGCUGUACCUGCUGCUGCAGGGCCAGGGCAGCAGUUUCAGAUAGUGUCCUCUCCUAAUGGCCAGCAGAUCAUAGCUGCAACCAACAGAGCUGGUGCAGCAGGAAACAUCAUAACCAUGCCCAGUCUCCUUCAGGGAGCCAUCCCCAUACAAAAUAUAAGCUUAGGCAACAGCGUGUUACCGAACCAGCCUCAGUUUGUGGCAAAUAUGCCUGUCUCUAUAAAUGGAAACAUCACUUUAUUGCCUGUCAGUGCCGGUGGUACAGGGGGAGAUGCAAAUAGUGGAGGAGAUGCCGGGGGAAACCAACUCAUACAGCAACAGCAGUCGCAACAGCCAGUGUCUUCCAAUAGUGCAGCAGGUUACAUGACAAGUGCAUCCACUGUCACUACACAGACCUCCUCUUCUUAUGGAAUUACUCAGAACAGCAAUGGAGCGGUGACAGGAACGUUCCAGCAGAACACAUCUUCUCUGGGUGUCCCAAUACAGCCAGACAACAGAGAAGGGCAGCAGCCACAGCAAAUCCUUAUCCAGCCUCAGCAGGUUAUCCAAGGUGGAACACCCCUCCAAACCAUCCAGGCCGGUACUGUUGCGACUGCAGGCGGUCAAGUAUUUGCAACUCCAACACUUAGCCAAGAAGGGCUCCAAAAUCUUCAAAUUAUGCCAAACACAGGGCCCAUCUUCCUGCGCACUGUGGGCCCCAAUGGCCAGGUGAGCUGGCAGACCAUUCAGAUCCAGAGUCCGGCAGGAGCACAGAUCACACUGGCCCCAGUGCAGUCUCUCCCGCAACUUGGCCAGACUCAGGGAGCUACUGCAGCUGGAGGAGUAUCUGUCAACACCGUGCAAAUCCCAGGCAUCCAGACCAUAAAUCUAAACUCACUUGGAAGCUCCGGGCUGCAGAUGCAUCAGCUACAAGGGGUUCCCAUCACCAUUGCCAGUCCAGGAGGUGAGCAGGCUUUGCAGACAGGUGGAGAAAGUUUGGAUGACAGUACAGCUAUGGACGAUGAGGAUAUAAGCCCACCACCUCAAGGGCGACGUAAUCGCAGAGAAGCCUGUACCUGCCCCUUCUGCAAGGAUGGAGAGGGACGUGACCCAACUAAAAAGAAGCAGCACAUUUGUCACAUUUCUGGUUGUGGCAAGAUUUAUGGCAAGACAUCCCACUUGAGGGCCCACCUUCGCUGGCACACGGGAGAACGUCCCUUCGUCUGCGGCUGGUCUUUCUGUGGCAAACGAUUCACCCGUUCAGAUGAGCUUCAGCGCCAUAAGAGGACACACACAGGUGAAAAGCGGUUUGUCUGCCCAGAGUGCCCCAAACGUUUCAUGCGCAGCGAUCACCUCUCAAAGCACAUCAAGACCCAUUCGAACAAGAAAGCAGCAGCCGUUACCACAAGCAGUACCACAAUCACAACUGAUACUGCUUCCCCUGCUGCAGGAACAGAAGCCGGCACUGGAGCAGUGUCAGCUAGUGACCAGCACACCAUUGUCACCAUGGAAACCUUAUCUGCAGAGAGCAUAGCUCGAUUAGCCAGCAGUGGUAUCAACAUGAUGCAGGUGGACCUUCACCAAAUCAAUGGCAACAGUUACUAAAAACGGUGGAGGAAGAUGGCCUUGGUGGAUAAUGUAUUUGGACAUUUGGGGUUAAAAAGGGCAUGUUACUACAAACGCACAACUUCUCAAAGGUUUCAGACAAGAGAAGUGGUCACAGAUGCAACACAACAGACACUAUUGAAUUUGAGCACUGAGGCUGGAAUAUGAUUUUCAUAAUGUAUUUAGAUACCUGUGGCAUUUUAGGUUCAGAGAUGGAUGAGUUGGAUUAAAAUGUUAAACUUGAGAAGUCAUCAUAAAAUCUUAUUUUCUCUGAAUGGAAAUGGCACUACACUAACACUUGUCCCACAUAAAGUCCAAUCUUAGUUGAUAGUGGGAGUAUAAAACACACAGAUCAGCACACUUCCUGCUGAAUUCAUAGCUAGUAAUAUUCUCUCUACAAGCUUCUUUAGUGAAGAGAUGGCACCGUUAAAUCAGGCUCUCACCCUCCUUUCCGAGGCUGUGAGCUUUGCCACUUGUCCCUCUUUUUUUCAGGUGUGUCCUGCCCCAUCAGACUGGCCUGCUGUCUCGGGCCUGAUCUUCAUCAGUUCAAAAUGCUAAAUUCCCCUUUAAAAACCGUCAGUUCUCAAAUCGCUGUGGUUGCAGUGUCAGGAACACUGGAUGUGCUCCCAAACUAGUAAUCUGAGUACCAUUGGUUACACAAAAUGAGUUGGGGUAGUUGGUUCCCACAAUACCAACCAGUCAGAGCUACAAGUACUAAUCAGUGUGAGGAUAUGUGUCUCACGGCACUGCAAUCCUGAGAAUAACUUUAACCUCUUAUGUAAGUACACACAUUCAAGCCAUCAUGCAUUGAUAUCUUUAUCAUCGCAAAGCAUCUUGAUUUUUUUUUGUGUAUAUAUAUAUAUAUAUAUAUAAAUAUAUAUAUUUUUGGUAAAGGCUACAGAAAUUCCUAGCAUAGGCAGGAUCAUCUUACAUGAUUACAAGAGAUUGCCUUUCAGUUGUCUGAACCUCUCAUGCACAAUCAAUCUUAAUCUUGUUACUUUUAUAUAUAUAUAUGUAGAUUAAAUGUGUAAACUUCGAAGCUUUUCUGUAAUAGAAUAAUGUCUACAAUCCAGACCUUCCCUGUACUUUUUUUCUGUGGUUACUUAUCCGAGACUUUGCCUUGCAGUCACAUCAGUUUCUUUUUGUUUCAAACUAUUUCUUUUACUUCUAUCUGGUUAGAGUCGAGUAUUUGGUAAUAAUGUCCAGACAGCAUGAAUAUGUAAGCUCAAAACCAAAGGUUUGUACUCAUUUUACAAACAAAACUAGGAAACCUUUUUUUGGUCCACAAACUUUCUAAUAAUUUGUACUACUGUAUUGCAUAUACUAAAGCUAUAACUGGAAAAUAUCCAGCUUGAGGCAAACCUUGGAUACACUUCCCUUUGUUGUCCAAAUAAGUUGCAAAAUGUAUUAAGUCACAAAGUUUUUCUGGAAAGAUGUGCUUCCCACCACUGUUGAAAUGUUCGUUUUUUUGGCUUCAUAACUUUUUUUUGGGAAACAAAAUUGUAAUCUGUUUAAUGUUUAGGGACUCUCGAGCCUAAGUUCAUUGGACAGCAAGUGCUCUUAUUUUUUUUCACCCCCGUUUCAAAUAAGGGAUUUUAUAUUGUGUGUAUACAACUUCUGCGAAUGCCAACAGCUGGAUUAAAAUUAACUAUAAUCUG